UUCCAUUGCAACAUCCAAACAUAUCCAGUACUUGCUUCUGCUCCACAAGUUAAUAAUCUCAUCUUUUUCCUUAGAUAUGAUUCUCCUUAGCUCUUCAAGUAAGGUUGUGGCUAUUUUUUUAGGACCAAAAGAUUUAUCGUAAGUAUAUAAAGACACACAACUUCAAUGAGAUAGACUUAAGGAAAAACAUCUCAUAGUUUCUAACAGUUUCUAGAUUUAUAUAUACUCUAGACAAUGGCAUCAUCGUCUGUUCCUGUUUACUUGGGAGAUGAAAUUCUGACACAAGAAACAAGAGAUCUACUUUCUUCUCUUCCAAGCGAGAAAGGUUGGUUGGUCAGUCAAAUGUAUCAAUACGAAGGAAGUUGGCACACAAAAGCUAUGUUACAAGGAAUCGUGAACUGCCAGAAACACUUUGAAGCCAAUGAUUCCGACAUCAUCCUCGCCACUAUUCCUAAAUCAGGUACGACUUGGUUAAAAGCUCUUCUCUUCGCUCUCAUUCACCGAAACAAGUUUCCUGUUUGUGGUAACCAUCCUCUUCUAGCUACCAAUCCGCACCCCCUUGUGCCCUACUUGGAAGGAGAUUACUGCGUUUCUCCAGACGUUAAUUUCUUCAAGUUGCCUUCUCCAAGACUCAUGCAAACGCACUUAUCGCAUCAUUCUCUGCCGGUUUCCAUUAAGAGCUCGUCUUGUAAGAUUGUAUAUUGUUGUAGAAACCCUAAGGACGUGUUUGUUUCCUUGUGGCAUUUUGGAAAGAAACUUGCCCCUGAAGAAACCACAGAUUAUCCGAUUGAAAAAGCGGUUGAAGCGUUUUGUAAUGGGAAGUUUAUUGGUGGACCUUUUUGGGAUCAUGUGUUGGAGUAUUGGUAUGCGAGCCUCGAGUAUCCAAACAAGGUCUUUUUUGUUACAUAUGAGGGGCUCAAGAAGCAUACCGGAGAUAUGGUCAAGAGAAUGGCAGAGUUCUUGGGAUGUGGUUUUACUGAAGAGGAAGAAGUGAGUACGAUUGUGAAGCUGUGUAGUUUUGAGAGUUUGAGUAAAUUGGAAGUUAAUAGACAAGGGAAACUACCAAAUGGAAUAGAGACUAAUGCUUUCUUUAGAAAGGGAGAGAUUGGAGGAUGGAGAGAUACUUUGAGUGAGUCCUUGGCAGAUGUAAUAGAUAGAACCACUGAAGAGAAGUUUGGAGGUUCUGGUCUCAAUUUUUUUUGUUGAAUCAAUCUUUGAGACUUGUUAUUGUUUCUGAUUUUACUUUAAUGAUAUUUCUUCAUUCAUGUGACUUUGUUGCUGUUGUUUUCUUUUUUUUUCUUGUGACUGUGCUGUUGUUGUUGUUUUCUUUUUUAUAAGAGAAGUUUGAGUUGUUGUUGUU